UGCUAAAGUUUUAAAGUUUCCAAGCAAAACAGUCACCGAUUACGUUAUGUACGAGAACCCAUUCAUCCAGCUGACAGCGUUCACCCUCAGCAUGUGGGUACAAGUCGAUACAAGUACUACCUUUCACACAGCCUUCUCCUACUCCACUACUCGUCAGAGUAACGGACUGUCGAUGGAAGUCAGAAGUACUGAAACAAGAAUAUUACUUGAUGACGAGAUUCGUUCUUUUCCGCCAGUCUUUGAUGGUCAUUGGCAUCACCUCUGUUUAACAUGGACCAAUGUAGAUGGUAAGUACUCCAUGUACAUCGAUGGAAUAUCAAAAGGUCAAGGUAACUUUAAAACAGGCCACGUCAUUCCGGAGGGAGCAGUUGUUCUUGGACAAGAACAGGAUUCUUUCAAGGGAGGUUUUUCCAGUAGCCAAGCCCUUCAAGGAAACCUAACGAGUGUCAACAUGUGGGACAAGGUGCUGACAGCAGAAGAGGUAUCAUCCCUUGCAAACAAAUGUUAUACAGCUGAGGGUAAUGUCAUCAAGUGGACGGAUUUUCACGAAAAGAUAACUGGGAACUUGAAGCUGAACUGUGCUCGUUUCUGUGACAAUUAACCGUAAAGCAGUGUAAUUUUUGGCCUUACGCAAAACACUAACCCCAGCCUGAUUACAUUUAUYAUCUUUGCUUUAUUUAUAAAGAAAGCUAGAAUUAUUUAAGACUCCAAAACCCURAAUAAUGCACUUAUACUAGUAUUCAAGGUUAUAUAAUGAUCCUGUCCAAAGUUGUCAAGUGGACGAUAAACUAUAUAAUGAUAGUAAUGAUUAUCAUGAUCAUGAUYAUUAUCAUCAUCUUGACCAUCAUCAUUAUAUUAUUUCUUUUGUUUAUGCGGGCUGAUUAUUUUGGCAGCUCAGUUAUUUAAAGAUUUGCCAAUGCACUAUUGUAUGCAUAAACAGGCCGAAAGUAUUCAUUAUUCAGUCUGGAGGAGAAAGUUCCGAGAUGUCAGUGAAAGAAACUAACAAACCGAGUAAAAAAUCAUGAGCUUCGAAAAGAAAUGUACACCGGUGGCGACAGCCCUGGCAUUGCACAGGAGAUUCUGCAUGUGUUAUAUGUCUAUCGUACCAAUUAGUAGACUAUCCUCUUUCUUUCUUUCUUUAAUAAAAAAAGAUAAAUAGAUUGCGUACCAUAGAGAGUGCAAACAAUU